CAUUAAUCGCACCGAUGGACUUCGCAUCGCUCAUGUCGGCGCAAAUCGCCAAAUCCAAACCGACGCCAAAAUCCCAGACGCCAGAAGAAGCAAAGCCAUCCAAGUACAUUAAACGCGCCGACGUCGAAGCACAACGACAAGCCGACUACGCUGCCGAACAAAAAGCCACCGAAAAUGCGCGCAUCUCUAGGCUUGAGAAGAAGCGCAAGUUUGAUGAAGACGAGGCAGAGAAGAACAGAGCAAGAGAGGACAAGCGAAAGAGGCUGGCAGAAGAGAGCAGAAGGUUGAGAGAGGAAGAAGAGGAACGGGAAGAAAGGGUCCGCCGGAAGAGACUUGGACUGCCAGAGCUGCCGCCAAAAGAGAAGGCCAUCGAGGGUGGUGAUGCCACACCUGCGCCUGAGAAUGACAUCAAAGAGGAGGAGCUCGUACAAAAGCUGAGGGACAUGAACGAGCCGGCGCGCUUGUUCGGAGAGACACACAACGGCCAGUUGCGACGAUACAGAAAACUUGCUGGGCUAGACGCCUCAGGCAAGCCCAAAGCAACCAUGUAUUCUGGUCCCAUACCCACCACACUUCAGCCUGUACCGGAAGCCGACAUGAAAGUCUCGGACGUUGUACCCAAGGACACCGAGGGCCGGGCAUUCCUCUACCGCCAGCUCGCUUCCUACUUCACACUGGUCCUAUCAGAAUGGCAAGUCUCACUGUCUCUACGAGAUGAGGCUGUUAAGACGAGCAGUAGCGGAAAAGCUGCCUACAGUGCUAUGGUUCAAGCCCGCGACAGCAUGGUGCCGCUAUAUCGAAAACUGGAGAAGGGGGAUGUCGAGGAAGGUAUUUUGGGUCCGAUUGUCGAAAUCGUCCGAGCCUGUCAGGAGAGACGCUAUGUUGAUGCCAAUGAUGCUUACCUGCGACUGAGUAUCGGAAAAGCAUCCGCGCGAGAGAAACUGCACGCAAACGACAAGGAUGCUGCACAUAUCAUGAGCGACGAGAUCACAAGAAAGUUCUUGCAGUCCAUCAAGAGAUGCCUGAAAGAAUCUCCUGUGGAUCAUGAUGUCCACUUUCGACCUGGACAUUCGGAAGAUGGCACAGAGACAUUUACGCCUCGCGCACUGAUCUAUGAUCUCAAAGGUGCUUUUGGUACGUUGAGGAGAGACAAUGCACUGUAUGGUGCAGCAGACGACCCUGCAGCAAUUGCACAGCAAAUGUGGUAUGUCUCGAGUAUAAUUCAGCAAAGUGCAUAUCAGCAGCACCUGGACCAAGGACUCGAACCACCUACACUAUCGCCUGACACUGUUCGCUACUGGUCUGACUUCAACAGAGUGUUCUAUCAUCCCAAAUCUAUCGUUCAAUUGCAGGAGUAUGAGUUGAACUCAUCUCUUAUGCCUUUUGAGAAAUGGGCUACUGGAGAGGACUUGUUCGACAAUCUCGACAAAGAACAUGAUCUUCUGGACAGAGACUUGCGACCUUUCUUGGAAGAGUGUGAUCAACUGCAAGCAAUCCAAAUGAUCGCCUCUGCCGAUGAUGCCUGGGGUGGCUUCACAGCCAAGUAUCUGGAAAGAAUGAGAGACGAACUAGGCAAGACCAGUGCUUGGGUAUGGGGACUCGAGGAAGGUGGACGCAAGCCAAGGGUCGCCAAUGUCGCACAGUCAAUUUACCAGAUAUCGAGCCAGGCGAGCAUGUAUAUUCCACUUACCACGUUACCGGAUGUUCUACCGCCGUACGUUAAUCUGAAUGGCUCUUCCAAAUGGCACACUUCCGCACUGCAGCUGCUAGCAAUUGAGAGUAUGACUCUGCCGACUAGACUGCGCUCAAACCAGCAAGGUCGCUCGUCCUUUGCUGAUAUCGAGACGUUGUUGAGCAGCGAUGGCAACCGCAGAGUCGCUCAACUCAACAUGAGCAUCAAAGACCCAGCUGAACUGGAGGGCGAAGCAAAUGGCCAUGCAACACAACACGACAGCAGAAUGAACGGUUUCACAGACGGAAAUCACGGCCACGACGACGCAGAAGCAAAGGAACUCGACAUAGACAUGCAGCCAAAGACCGCCAACCUGACUGGCGAACGAGGACCCAACAAUCGCCGAACUCACGUAUUCAGUCAACUACAAAGCCUGCGCGGCAAAUGGAAGUCGACUCUCGAAAUCGAAGAUACGAACCUCGCAUCUCGCGAUCGCUUUGGUCAUGGUCCCAGAAUUGAAAGUCAUCAAUCUUCAUUGCUUUUCCCCGUCAUCGACAGCUUCCCUCAGGUUUUUGCAUCUGGCAAUAUCGUUCAGAAACUUGCUGUGCACGCGACGCUUUCAACGACUACAUCUGUCGCGCAGAGAAUUCGUUCGGUGGAGAGGAUAGCUCGUUCAAUUAUUGGGAUUGAUGAGCGUGAGGCACUUUGUGAUGGACUCGUGGGGAUCUGCGAGGAAUAUGAAGAUGGAUGGGAGAGCGGCAGCGAGAGCGACGAUGACUCU